AUGGAGAAUUACCAGAAGCUGGAAAAGAUUGGUGAAGGCACCUACGGUGUCGUCUACAAGGCUCGAGACCUCGCCAACGGUGGUCGAAUUGUCGCCCUGAAGAAGAUCCGCCUCGAAGCUGAAGAUGAAGGCGUCCCAAGUACUGCCAUUCGCGAAAUUUCUCUCCUCAAGGAAAUGCGAGAUCCCAACAUUGUCCGUCUGUUCAAUAUUGUUCACUCAGAUGGUCACAAGCUGUAUCUCGUUUUUGAAUUCCUCGAUCUCGAUCUCAAGAAGUACAUGGAAUCUCUCCCCAUAAGCGAUGGUGGUCGAGGCAAGGCCUUGCCCGAGGGUUCAUCGCCACACUUGCAACACCUUGGCCUCGGUGACACAGUUGUUCGCAAAUUCAUGUACCAGCUUUGCGACGGUGUCAAGUACUGCCACUCCCAUCGGGUCCUUCACCGUGAUCUCAAGCCACAGAACCUUUUGAUUGACAAGGAUGGCAACCUCAAACUCGCCGAUUUCGGUCUUGCCCGCGCUUUUGGCGUGCCUCUGCGUACGUACACUCACGAAGUCGUCACUCUUUGGUAUCGAGCCCCUGAAAUUCUACUGGGAGGCCGUCAAUACUCAACUGGCGUGGACAUGUGGUCCGUCGGCUGUAUCUUUGCCGAGAUGUGCACGCGCAAGCCUCUUUUCCCCGGUGACUCUGAAAUCGACGAGAUCUUCAAGAUCUUCCGCACUCUCGGUACACCCUCUGAAGACAACUGGCCAGGUGUCACGUCGUACCCUGACUUCAAGGCAUCCUUCCCCAAGUGGCAGCGUGACUACAGCAAGUCUCUAUGCAGCACCCUUGAUGACCAUGGCCUAGAAUUGCUCGAGAUGAUGUUGGUGUAUGACCCAGCAGGGCGUAUCUCGGCCAAGGGAGCCUUCAACCACCCCUACUUUGAGCCGCACCUGGCACAGAAGCAGGCAUCUGCUCAGACGAAUGGCUACUAUCACUAG